AUGGCGGAGGAGACGGUGCGGGAGCUGCGCGCGAGCUUCGCGGCGGGGCGGACGCGCCCGGCGGAGUGGCGCGCGGAGCAGCUCAAGGGGCUCAUCCGGAUGAUCGACGAGAAGGAGGCCGAGAUCAGCGCCGCGCUCCACGAGGACCUCGCCAAGCCGCACAUGGAGUCCUACCUCCACGAGAUCUCACUGACAAAGUCAUCGUGCAAGUUUGCGCUCAACGGGCUCAAGAACUGGAUGAAGCCCGAGAAGAUACCUGCGUCCAUAACUACAUUCCCGUCCUCCGCUCAAAUCGUGCCAGAGCCCCUCGGUGUCGUGCUCAUCAUCUCAGCCUGGAACUACCCCUUCAUACUCUCUAUUGACCCAGUCAUUGGAGCAAUCGCUGCUGGAAAUGCUGUUGUUCUGAAGCCAUCAGAAAUAGCGCCAGCUACCUCGUCAUUGUUAGCAAAGCUGCUACCCGAGUAUGUUGAUAACUCCUGUAUUAAAGUUGUGGAGGGAGGCGUUCCAGAAACAACCGCACUCUUGGAACAGAGAUGGGAUAAGAUCUUCUACACAGGUAAUGGAACUGUAGCACGCAUAGUGAUGGCAGCAGCCUCAAAGCAUCUAACCCCGGUGGCUCUGGAGCUUGGUGGGAAAUGCCCUGUUGUUGUGGAUUCGAAUGUUGAUCUUCAUGUUGCCGUUAAGAGGAUUGUUGUUGGCAAAUGGGGAUGCAACAAUGGCCAAGCGUGCAUUGCUCCAGAUUACAUAAUAACGACGAAAUCAUUCGCGCCAGAGCUGGUGGCCUCUUUGAAAAGAGUUUUGGUAAGGUUCUAUGGGGAGAAUCCUCUGCAAUCAGCAGACUUGUCUCGUAUUGUGAAUUCGAAGCAAUUCAAGAGAUUGCAAGAUUUGAUAGAAGAAAAAAGAGUUGCUGACAAGAUUGUGUAUGGCGGCGAGGCUGAUGAGGAGCAAUUAAAAAUUGCUCCUACACUAUUGUUAGAUGUUCCCCAAGAUUCAGCAAUUAUGACGGGGGAAAUAUUCGGGCCCUUGCUUCCGAUUGUGACGGUCGAAAAGAUUGAGGAAAGCUUCGACUUGAUCAACGCCAAGCCUAAGCCACUUGCCGCCUACCUUUUCACCAAGAACAAGAAACUGCAAGAGGAGUUUGUGGCGAACGUCCCUGCAGGAGGGAUGCUUGUGAACGACACCGUGCUACAUCUCGCCAACCCGUACAUGCCCUUCGGCGGCGUGGGCGACAGCGGGAUGGGGUGCUACCACGGCAAGUUCGGCUUCGACUGCUUCAGCCACAAGAAGGGGGUCCUGAUCCGCGGCUUUGGCGGCGAGGCGAACGCCAGGUACCCGCCCUACACGACGGAGAAGCAGAAGAUCCUAAGGGGCCUCAUCAACGGCAGCUUCAUCGCCCUCAUCCUUGCCCUCCUGGGCUUCCCCAGGGAGAAGCGUUAG